AGAGGCAAAGAUUUCUUAGUGUGAUAUCUUAUUGGACCAACUGUAUAGUUGGAAUAGAAUUCGAUGAGCUUCAUCAAGUCUGAGCAACAAAACCUUAUGCUUAUACUAUUGACUAUGUUGUGCUGGCUUUUACAGACAACAGUCAGUUAGGGUCUGACUUCUGACCUUGCUUAUCUGUUUUUCUGGACUGUGGCUGUUUGGAAUUUCCUCUUGGCUUUGGUAACUUGAUUCUAGAGCUCUGACUUGGCCCGUACCUUUGACUGUUCCUGGAAUUACCUCUUUCUUUGGGUACCUGGGGCUCCACUUCUGGAUUCUUCUUUUCCCCAAUGGUCUAACCACUGGGUCUGACUGCCUAUGACUUUACUAAUAGUAAAGGUUCUUACAACUACUUUUUUAAUAUCAAUACAAACUUAAAUAUUCUUAGAGUAUGUGUCACUGUGUCAAUAGAGUAUGUGUCAGUCCUUUGAAAAUUAGUGCCUCUUUCUGUCAUCAUAUGAAGUCAUAAAGUUUUUCUGUUGAAUUUGUUACAGAUAUCUGUUGAGCCCGCCUUCCCCCCAUCUUCUCCAGCCUAUUUUUCCCAGAAUAUUUCAGAAUCAAGGUGAAAUAAUGCGUUCAGACCUGCAGUUGUUUGCACCCAACAGUUUGACUGUUGGGUGAUUAAUUACUAUUGACAGCUCUCUACAAGUUCAUGAGUUUUUUGCAUUGUAUGAGAAACUUUGCCCUAGAAAGACCGACUCCUCUGAUACGGGACAGCUUGCUUAUUUAAGCAAUGUAGAGCAAUAUUGACCCUUUAGAUUUAUACCAUAGAAGAUUCUGGAUGCCAUGCUGCUCCUGAAACACUCUGGUGAACAUUUGACUUCCAUAAUUUUCACCUCAUUUGUACAUGUAUCUGUGAUACCUCAUGUCACAUUCAGGUACUGUCUGACUUCAUCUUAUAAUGCCAUAUAGGAUAACUCUUCAAGAUGCCUCUUUCCUGUUUGUCCUCCAUCAGAGACAUGACUCUGACAUAAUCCUAAAAUUUUGGAGCCUUUGUUGGAAUCAGUAUCUGAGUGCUUACUUUACAUACCACAUUUCUAUCAAAAUGGUUGUUCUUGUGGCUGUUACCUUAUUACAAAAUGUCAGUGAACUGCAAGCUUCGUACCACUUUAUCAAUUCUUCAAAGGACAAGGGACAGAUUCUAGGAAUUCAGCCUAAUGGCUGAAUUCAGGGUCUAGGAAUUCAACCUGAGCUACUUUGAUUACUAAUAUUGUUUGUGAAGCGUCAUUCAGUGCCAGAAUAAGAAGCUGCAUACUUUGAAUGUUGUGGAGCUUUUUCUUAGGAAGACCAUCAUUUCCUUAACAGAAAGUAUUUUCAAACUGCAUCUUGAUGACUCAGUCUGGCAUCAGAGGCAAUAUUAUUUCAUUGCAGUGAAUUUCCAAGUAGAUCGCAUGGCAUAUUUCCGUUGUGCAAAAUGUCUUUGUUUCCUUCAAAUGCCAAGGGAAACUCUUUCAGGGCAAAUGCAAUAUAUGCCUUCUUCAAUAAGCUGCUGGUUCAGCUGCCUUCUUCAGGAAUCAGCUAUAUAGAGCAACUCACUAAUUCUUUUUUUCAAACAUUAUACAGUUGAUGUGACAGUUGGGUCAGAUGUCAAAUUUGGAAAAGCAGUACAGCAGUCACUGAAACUCUUCCCUCCUUGUCCAAUAGGAUACUGCUUGACAGUCAGCAUAAAAGGGAUCUGUGCUGAUGUAUUUGAAGAAAAAAGAGUGAUUAUUUAUUCUUCAGUAAGUGAACUUCUUCAAGAUGUUGUCAGUGUAGCUCUCAUGAUUCGAUUUCUGUUUCCUUUUUAAGAAUCCUCAACGAUACAGGCCUUGAAGUACAAAAGGCCUCCAGGAAGAUUGAGACUACUCUGCCCUCAGAGUCUUCAAAGAGAAAGACAAAGAUGGGUUACAGAAAACAGAUCGGAGUUUGAAGAUUUGGACCUUUACGCAACUUCUCGAGAGCAACGCUUUCGUAUAUUUGCCAGCUUAGAAUUUGAGGGCCAAUUAUACAUGACUCCAUAUGACUUUAUUAAGUCUGUUACAAGUGAUGAACCUGAAUGCGGUAAAAAAUGGAGGUCCCUUUCAAAACAGGAAUUGAAUCAGAUACUUAUGGAGACACCACCGGUUUGGAAAGGAUCUUCAAAACUUUUCCGUAAUCUCAGGGACAAAGGUGUCAUUUCUUAUACAGAGUAUCUUUUUCUCUUAUGUAUCUUAACAAAGCCUCACGCAGGUUUUAGAAUAGCUUUCAACAUGUUUGAUACUGAUGGCAAUGAGAUGGUGGACAAAAAGGAAUUCUUAGUGCUACAGGAGAUAUUCAGAAAGAAAAACGAAAAGCGAGAAAGAAAAGGAGAUGAAGAAAAACGUGCAAUGCUGCGUCUUCAACUGUAUGGAUAUCACACUUCUACUAGCAGUGUACUUAAAACAGAAGGAGAGGAACAUGCCCCCAGAAGCUAUUGGGAUACACUGAGACGUAGCACAAGCCAAGCACUCUUUUCGGACCUUGCAGAGCGUGCAGAUGACAUCACAAGUUUACUGUCCGAUACUACGUUGCUUGUACACUUUUUUGGCAAGAAAGGAAAAGCUGAACUAAACUUUGAAGAUUUUUAUAGGUUUAUGGAUAACCUACAAACUGAAGUUCUAGAAAUAGAAUUCCUUACCUACUCAAAUGGGAUGAACACUAUCAGUGAGGAAGACUUUGCUCGUAUUCUUUUGAGAUAUACAAAUGUGGAAAAUACAUCAAGCUACUUGGAAAAUGUGCGCUGCAGGAUCCCUGAAGAAAAGGGCAUCACAUUUGAUGAGUUCAGAUCAUUUUUCCAGUUUUUGAACAAUCUAGAAGAUUUUGCUAUUGCAAUGCAAAUGUAUAAUUUUGCAAAUCGUUCCAUAGGACAAGAUGAAUUCAAGCGUGCUGUGUAUGUAGCUACAGGCCUGAAGCUUUCACCACAUUUGGUGAACACAGUUUUCAAGAUUUUUGAUGUGGACAGAGAUGACCAGUUGAGUUAUAAAGAAUUUAUUGGUGUCAUGAAAGACAGACUGCAUCGAGGAUCCAGGGGCUACAAAACUGUACAGAGGUAUACCACUUUCAAAUCCUGCGUGAAGAAGGAACUCUAUAGCAGAUAAGUUACGGGACCCCCAAAAUAUGGUUUGAAGGAUUACUAUGCUUGUGUGAUGACUGUUACAACCAAACAUCUCAGAGAGCUACGGAAACAAUUUCGGAGUCGAGAUAUGCUGAGAUAAAAAAGCAGAAAGAAAAACUGCAACAUCUAACUAAAGCUAUUCUUUCUCUAUAUACCUUGAAUGAAAAGCACCUUCACAUAGGUAGAUCUUGUAUCUUUUACCUGCAUUAGCCAAUAUAGGCUUUUUCACUCGAUUUGCUAACCUAGCUAUAAGUGUAUUUCCAGCCACUUUUCCACAGUUUAUUUUAUUUAAGGGAUGACCUACACUGUCAUCUGCCUAUAAAAGUGCAUUUUAAUAAUGUAUUUUUAAAUAUAUUUAUGUUUAUAUUUAUUUUAAGAUAAGUGUUUUAUUUAAAAUGAAGCAAAAUAUGGUGGGAGGGAAAUUCUUUGUGCUACAAUAUGAAUUUGCUUUCAGAUAAUGAGUAUUGAAUGAAGCUUAUGUUUAAAUCAGAGAUGAAAAUAUGCUUUGUGUAGCACAACAAUUACAUGCUGAGUGUAGAAGUGUAAGUCCUUAUGAGCCAGCAAAACUGUCAUUUAAAAAUAAUAAAAUUAUCAAUAGCAGCUGUGACACGGUAUAAUGUGAAUUAUAGUUUUACAUGAGAGGUACUAUGUGGGUCUAUAAUGGCCAAAUGCUGUCAGUCUUACUGAUUUCAUGUAAUAGUCUACUGAUUUUGUGAUGUCUUAUGUAUACUAUAAUAAAAAAUGUGGCAAAAUAGUAACAUUAUCUUGUUAGGUAAUACAGUGCUAUAUAAUGAACAGGGUAGAUUUUAUUUCCGUUGUCCCUACAGGUUGAAGGAUAUCUUUAUUUCAGACUAUGAAUUUAUAUAUUUCUUAUUAACAGCGCACUUUUAUGUAAAGUAGGUGUGGCAUUGGGUAGAAAAUGUUGCUAUUUGGCUUGCUAGCAUGCAGCACCUGAAAAAAAUGUAAAUUCCGUCCGGAUAUUAUUUUUAAACCACAGAACAAGGAGUGCAUGCAGUAGCACAAAGCAACAGCCAAUUGCAAAAUGUUACAAUAACAAAUGUAAAUACCUCAAUACUUUGGGAUAGUAAUGAAAUUCAAUUUUAGAAAUAAAUAACAAAUAAUUUAGGAUUAUAUAAGGCUUUGGAAGCUGCAAGCCUCCAUAACCUUCUAUCUGUAGAUGUCAAUGUUGUGUAAGAUGAUUUUUAGUUGAACAAGACCAUAAAUGAGUAGUGACCAAUGAAGCACAAUUCUAUUUGUUAUUUUUAUCCCCUCUAAAUUAUUUUUGCAUCAGAAUAAAGCAAUAAUAUUUUAAAAUAUCUUCACUGUUUUUACAGUUAACCUCAAAACUAACAUGCUGACAUGCUCGAUGUAACAUCACUCUUGAGAAUGUUUGAAUGUAAAACUAAUCAGUAGGAACAAUCUCUCCAUGAAAGCAGAACAGUAGCAGAGGGAGCUUUGCUAGAUACAGGUUAAAAUAAGUGGUGCGCUUCAAACCCAGACAAAUUAGUAGAAACAAAACAGUAUUUUUUAUGUUUCAAUGCGGUCACAGAAAUAAUUAAAAGCAGGGGUUAUUUUUCUUUUGUCAUGUAGAAUGCACUGAAAUACCACAUUGCAUCACGAAAUGAGGGACUAGAAAGGGAUAUGUAGAGCUUCUAUGUUGUUCAACUGUUGAGUCCAGAACUGCUUAAUUUACUGUACAGUUUUUCUCCACCUAAAAUCAAUUGAAUAAAAAGCAUGUUGUUUGAGAAAUCCCAUCUUGAGAAUUUCAAUGAAAAGAAAAAAAAGAACAGUGCUAAUUAGAAUAUUUUCUUCUGAUUUACCAGUAUUUUGGCAAACAUUAUAAGAAAAUGCUGGUUAGAAAACUUCAAAAAUAUUCUAUUCUAGUCAGCAUUCCCAUGGCAAAUGUUCAUAAUGUCUCUAGUGCGUUCUCAUCUCACUACUGACAAAAAAAAUAUUCAGAGAUGUGGACUAAUGCUGAUAGUGUCAGAUCCUGCAGUUGACAGUAUGCAGUAUGAAUGAACUGUUGUCCCUAUAGGUGAUCAACUACAGAAUCAGUCAGUGUGUGUGAUGUCCUGACAUCAUUUUUCCAAUUUUCCUUUUUUCAAUUUCCAGUGUACCUCCUAAAUACAAACACAGGAAAAAAUAGAAUGCAUAUGUAACAUCUGCUUUUGUUUAACAAUAGCCAUUUAUGUAAUAAUGUACAAUAUGAAUAAUGCUUAUGACAUUCAUACUUCUUUAUCUCAAAUAAAUGCAUAUGAACUGUUUUCCUUUGUUGCAGUGCA